AUGACCGGCAUCGAGAAUCAAACGGGCACUGCCGAAGCUCAGUCGAUAUUCACUUCUAUCAACUUUCUGCCAAAUUUGACGAGUCUGGUAUUCCCGAAUCUCUUGGUGCACACAACUGAAGGACCAGUGCUUGGGAAGCAGGAAUGGAGUCCAGAGAACCGAUUUUAUCGAUCAUUCAGAGGCAUUCCAUUUGCUCAGCCACCUGUAGGAAAACUUCGAUUUGAACCACCACAACCAGUGCCCUACUGGUGGGGAGUGCGAUUGGCAACCAACUUCAACAAUCCAUGCUUGACUUACCUCUUUUGGAUCACGCUUGGAGAAGAAGAUUGCCUUUACAUCAACGUUUUCACACCGGGGUCUUCAGAAUUGGCAAACUCGGAAGGAUUGGUUCCUGUAAUAUUCUGGGUACAUGGCGGAAGUUUCUAUUCGGGUUCGGAGCUGCAAAGGACCCUUUACUUGCCAGGAACAUUCAUUGACAGAGGAGUCAUUUUUGUCAGCUUCAAUUACAGACUUGGGCCUUUGGGGUUCAUGACCACCGAUGAUGCAGUGAUACCUGGGAAUUACGGGGCCAAGGACAUGGUUGCUGCUUUGUAUUGGGUUCAGCGGAACAUCCGAAAAUUCGGAGGUGACCCGAACAAGGUCACUCUUUUAGGUCAAAGCAGUGGAGCUGUCUCCGCUCAUGCCCUGACACUUUCGCCGCUUACCACAGGUUUGUACCAUGCUGCGAUUUGCAUGAGUGGAUCAAUGUUUUCCAUUUGGGGCGUGAAACCGAGAGGAAAACGCAUUGCCACAGAAAUGGCAAAGAAAUUGAACUGCCCCAAUCCGGAGGAUUCCAACUCAAUUUUGAAAUGUAUGCGCAAAAAGUCCGGGGCCGAAGUCGUCAAGGCCAUGAAAACUUUCUUCUAUUAUGGCAUCAGGUAUGCGAUGCCAUUUGGAAUAGCCAUUGAUUCUGCAGCUGCAGAACCCUUCAUGCCUCAGCAUCCUUUGCAACGAGUCCAACAACGUGCUGCAGAAAACAUUCCAAUGAUUUUUGGAGCUCUGCCCGAAGAAACAAAAUUUUUUCAACAU